CCGGCGACAUUAGCUAGCACUCGCUCACGGUGUUCUCUGUAAAAGGGGAAGACGGUAAAAAACAUUAAAAACCAACCCAAGAAAUCAACGACCCGGACUGCUCAAGGACUGUACCAAGAUCACUAAGUUAUCUGCCCAACAAAAAGGACUUUUAAUAAGCUGAAAACCCGAGCUACGUUUAUUUUUUCUUUUCUUUUUUUCUGUUGUUGGUGUCUUGUUUGUCUCACGAUGGAGGAAAACGGUGCACACUUCUUCGAGGGGACCGAGAAGCUGCUGGAGGUGUGGUUCUCCCGGCAGGAUGAGACCAAAGGAACCGGGGACCUUCGCUCCAUCCCGAGGUUUGAGUGGGACAAACUUCUGGAGAAUGUGCAUUGUUUGAUCAUAAGUGUGACAAAGACUGACAAGCAGGAAGCUUAUAUACUCAGUGAGAGUAGCAUGUUUGUCUCCAAGAGACGUUUCAUUUUGAAGACAUGCGGAACCACCCUCUUACUGCAAGCGCUGGUGCCCCUGCUGGAACUGGCGCGGGAAUACUGUGGCUUCGACACCAUCGAGAACUUCUUCUACUCUCGUAAGAACUUCAUGAAGCCUGCCCACCAGGAGUUCCCUCACCGUAACUUUGAGGAGGAAGUGGAAUUUCUCAGCCAGAUUUUCCCAAAUGGAGCAGCCUACUGUAUGGGGCGUCUGAACUCUGACUGCUGGUACUUAUUUACUCUGGAGCUGCCAGAGUACUGGGAGAACAACCAGGCAGACCAGACGCUGGAGGUCCUGAUGAGUGAUCUCAACCCAGCUGUAAUGGACCAGUUCUACAUGAAAGACGGUGUUUCCGCUAAUGAUGUCACUCGUAUGAGUGGAAUUCGUGACCUGAUUCCAGGUUCUGUGAUUGACGCCACAAUGUUCAACCCUUGUGGAUACUCCAUGAAUGGAAUGAAAACAGAUGGAACUUACUGGACAAUUCACAUCACCCCUGAACCAGAGUUCUCCUACGUUAGUUUUGAAACCAACCUCUCCCAGACAUCCUACGACGACCUUAUCCGAAAAGUUGUGGAUGUCUUCAAGCCAGGGAAAUUUGUGACUACGCUUUUUGUCAAUCAGAGCUCCAAGUGUCGCAGCGUCUUCUCUUCUGCGCAGAAAAUCGAGGGCUACAGGCGCUUGGACCGCCAGUUGGCCCACUUCAACGAUUACAACUUCGUCUUCACCAGUUAUGCCAAGAACCCACAACAGAGCCAGCAAAGCUGAAGCACACCGAUGAAGAAGCGUAAAAAGAAAGCGGCCGGGCGCAGGCAACCUUUCUGCGUCCAGCUGUGUCCUCUGUCGCUCUGCUGUUUGGAGUCUUGUUGCUGUAGCCGUAUCACAAGUUUAACCUGUAAGCAUUCUCGUACUGAUAACGUAGAUAUCUUGCAUGAAAGCUCUUGUUGUGUCCGUGUAGAUAUUCUAGCUCACUCUUGCUGUGAUCUUGAAGUGCAUGUAGAGUUAUUAAGCAGGGUGUGUGUGAGGCGUGCCCCGCCGGCCCGACAUGCACGACGCUCCCUCCCAUUCCUGCAGGUCUCCCCCCUCAUCCUCCACAGACAGGGUUUCCGGCCCCACUAGGCAAGGGCCCUGACAUGCUCAGAUCUGUCCUGUCCACUGUGUGGGCUGACCUUUCCCCAACACAGUCCGUACACAUUCUGAUGGCUUCGACUUUACAUUCCACACUUGCACAAAUGACAGCUGUAGUGGCCCAACUCUUGGUGCCAGUUUUUUAUUGGGAUAUUAUCCCCCUUUCUCUUUCCUUGAUGUUUUAGCUGUGAUUUUAGAAGAUUGACAUCAGUUAUGUAUAUCAAGGCACUGGGACAGCCCCAAAGGGUGCCAUACAAAUACAUAACAAUAUUAAGAGGAAUUUUGUGUAAUUUAAUAAUACAAUAUGUAUUGUAAAGGCCUUUAAAAAGAAAUGUACGUAACACUUCAUAUGAAACUGCACUUAAAACACCAAAGCGCCACACCAAGGCUUUUUACAGCACUUUUUUAUUGCCAUUCUUUUUUCUUUCCCCUCCUUUCUCUUUGUCCUUGCUGAAUGUAAAGCCAUUGGGGGGGAACUAAAGCUGCAGUUCUGAAUGUUCCAAUGUAGAAGUGCUAAGAGAAGUCCUGAAAGGCCUGUGGCGCUGAAUGUAAGACGACGUUACACGUGUGUGUGUGUGUGUGUAUUUUAGAAUGUGAAUAACAGCUCUCUGCCGUCCAUUGUUGCUCUCGUCAUUCAGGACCCCUGAAGCUGCCCAGCGCAGUGCCCGUUAGCACUGCACUGUGGGCAGGCCACCCCAUCCUGAAUUGAAACAGUGGGACAGACACUUUGCUUAGUGCAACGAUCGCACAGCAAAGCAUUUUUCUUUUUCUAAACAAUGUGUCCACUCUCUCUCUCCCUCUCCCUCUGUACUGAAUUUGGUAACCACACAAUAGAUGCGCACAGAUCUGAGCAUGCCAGGGUUCUCCCGGAUCAUUCCACACUUAACAGUUGCAUAAACUGCCGUUUUAUUAAUUUUAUUGUGCACCCACCGUGCAGACAGUUUUUUUGCAGUGAAUCAGUCCAAAAUGUGACUCCAUUGUCAGUCUUUUUUCUUUUUUCUCUCCCUCUCUUUUUUUCUGUCUUUGUUUUGGCCCCCUUUGUCAAGCGAGGGAAAGAUCGUGUCCCUGUGCUGCAUGCGAAUAGUGCUGUAGAGGUGCACUCUGGCCGUCCUAUGUGUCAGCCUCAGCUUUUUUUUUUAAUAAGUGUACAGUGCUUCGUUCUCUCCUCUUUCUCUGAGUAUUAGCCAGCGUUAAGGCCGUUAAGUUAGGAUGUUUCUGGAGUUCAUUUUGGUUUUCCCAGGUUUUUUUCUUUUGGACUGGUGGAGUAAAAGAUGCCUUGUUCUGACAUUGGCAUGAUCCUUUUUUAUACAGCAGUUUACAGCAGAUUUGAUCUCCAAUCUGUUAAAUCAGUAGAUUGACUAGAUUUACAAAGCUAAAUUGUAAUUUUAUGUAAUGUAACUCUAACAUCCUGAUGGGGCUUUAAAGCCUUUCGCUGACUGGUCAGGCUCAGGCUUGCAGGCUAUAGAGUGCAGGUGAGAUGUUGCUGGUUUAUUGGGACUUUUCAGCUCUCUGAGCAAGCCUGGACUGUGUUUCUGUAAAGCCAUAUUGACUGUGGUGAUGGGUGCUGUUGGAGUUGUUGAGGAUGGUUCUUUCCCUGUUGCGACGUGUCCGCCUAUCACAAAGCCUCUUCGACCAGAGAGUGCCAAGAGAGAUGGGUUAAACAGGUUGCAGCCAAAAUGGGGAGAUGAGGCGUCCUCACAGUACUGAGGUCUUUAGUCCUGGUUCUGUAAUUUGUCCUCUGCAAAGUCUCAGUUCUGCUGUUUGAACUGAAUCAUUAUCUUGUAUUGUAGGUCUCCUGGAUUUGCAUUAGACAUGGUCCUUCACUACUAUAAUCAGUUCCAACACUAGGUGUGAUCUGUAAGCCGUUCUUUUGAGUGCCAGAUUCUCUUCCCUUCCAUCCUGAGUGAGAUCACUUUCAUUUAACAGCAGGACUGAUCCAGAAAUAGCACCAGGGCUACAGUCUUCAGUUCUCUGACUGAAGUGGAUGAGAUUCAGCUCCUCUGAUGCAUUGCAGUCAGUGUUUUUAAAGCAAGAAUGGCUUUAAUGUGGACCAUUUGUAGAAGCAGGUUGUUCAGAAUAUAAACAAGAUCGAACUGAGUUGGUCUUUGGAGUUCAGUCCAUAUCUGGCUGGAUAUUUGGGUUGAAAGUACUCCUACCAGGGUGGUUUCGAGCAUAUUGCCAUUUGCUCUUUUUUUUAUACAUAAGUGUUCGUUGGUUUUGUUUUUUUGUUUUUUUUCCACUUUAUAAAUUUUGUGAGGGAUGCCUUUUUAUUCUACGGACCAAUUUGUAUUUUCACUUUUUUUUUUUGUCUUUUUUCCCCCCUUAUACUUUUUGUAAACUAGUGUUCCAAAGGGUGACCACCUGGUAUAAAUUGGAUUUUUUUUUUUUUCUCUCAUCCCCUAGAAGGCUGCAGAGCUGCCUCUAGGGCAGGGGAGAUGCAAUUCAUAAGGAGUAAAGCUAGGCUACUGGUGCUGCAGGACUUUGGUCUGGAUGUUGAGGAGGGAAAGGGAAACUUUGCUGUUUUAAUUCUCUUGCCAUUUCUUUGGUUGGUCAAGAUGUGCUAAAUAUCUGUACUAUGAGCUUGAUGCUUUAAAUAAAAAAAUAAAUGUCAGCUGUUUCCUGUGUGA